UAUUUGCCAUAUAUGAAAUAAAGUAAAUGACUCUCGCAUUGGAAAGCGCAUUUGUGGAAACCCACGUAAAAGAGUUGUAUUGCUUUCUACUAGCCCGCCUUCCCUUAUCGAAGGGAAAUUACGAACAAAAAUUCAAAUUAGUCAGAAUGGCAAACUGGCAUUGUUCCUUCCUAAUACUGAUGAGUGUGUAUUUUAUUUGCACCACAUCAUUGUCUACAGUGGAUGAGGACUCUUGUUAUUCGUUUGCUGGUGGCUCGGUAUAUCCUGCAGAAGGCCCUAAGGGCGAUCAUACAUUACAAACCACAAAAGCCGUGAUUUCGAAACCGGCUCCACAUUUCGAAGGUACUGCUGUCGUUAACAAGGAAAUAGUAAAAUUGUCCUUAUCCCAAUACUCUGGAAAAUAUGUUGUGCUAUUAUUUUACCCAUUGGAUUUCACAUUUGUGUGUCCCACCGAAAUUAUCGCCUUUUCGGAUCGCAUUCAAGAGUUUCGGGACAUUAAUACCGAAGUCAUUGCAUGUAGCGUUGAUUCUCAUUUCACGCAUUUGGCUUGGAUAAAUACACCACGAAAAGAAGGCGGUUUAGGUAAUGUCAAGAUCCCCCUACUUUCGGAUUUAACUCAUAGGAUAAGCAAGGAUUAUGGCGUUUAUUUGGAGGAUUUGGGUCAUACACUACGUGGCCUAUUCAUAAUUGAUCAGCGUGGUGUAUUGCGUCAGAUUACAAUGAAUGAUCUACCAGUUGGACGUUCCGUUGACGAAACAAUAAGACUGGUACAGGCCUUCCAAUACACCGAUACCCAUGGUGAAGUGUGUCCUGCUGGCUGGAAACCAGGAGCAGAUACUAUUGUACCCAAUCCCAAAGAAAAAACCAAGUAUUUUGAGAAAAACAACUAGAAGUUACUUCUAUCAACAUAUGUCCGGAGAAACAACAACUACAACAACUGUGGCAUAAUGCAUUAUGGCUUCCUUAAUUAACUUUGUAUUUAAACUACGAGUCGUCCCACACAGAAAAAAAUAAAUCCAUAAAUUUUUGUACUUAA